AUUUGUUUAAACAGCUUUUGCGAAAAGUUUCAUUAAACAUCACAAAUAGUUGCAAUGAAAUUGUCGCUACUGUUACUGGCGGUGGGAGUGCUGGGAGCGCAGGCCGACUGGCAAUUGGUGUGGAAAGAUGAGUUUGACGGCACCCAACUUAACGACAACGAGUGGAACUACGAGGUCGGCGGCGGCGGUUGGGGCAACAACGAGCUCGAGUACUACACGUCGCACAACGGCAACAACGCCCGGGUAGAUAACGGCCAUCUGACCAUCAAUGCCAAAGUGACUGAUGAGGGCGGACGACACUUCACCUCCGCUCGACUCACGUCCAAACAGUCGUGGACUUACGGCAAGUUCGAGGCGCGCGCCAAACUGCCCAAAGGCAAGCACUUGUGGCCCGCCAUAUGGAUGAUGCCCAAAGACAGUGUCUAUGGCGGAUGGUAUGUGGCGGCGAGCGGUGAGAUCGACAUAAUGGAAGCCAGAGGAGAGAGGCCGUCAAUUGUGCAAGGUACCAUUCACCAUGGUGGCGCCUGGCCCAAUAAUGUUUGGCACGGCUCCGGCGAACACGACUUCGGCCGAGACUUUACCGCCGACUUCCACACCUUUACGCUGGAGUGGAAUAACAAUCAGAUCAUGUGGACAACCGAUGAGUUCCGGUUCUGUUGUCUGGCCCGACACGUCGAGACCUGUAAUCCAGCGCCCGAUGAGCUCGAGUUCUCCUCCUGCGAGGACCUGAUGUCAAACUCUAUACUCCGAGUGUGUAUUUGGGUGUUAGGAGUGGUGGCACUCGUCGGCAAUCUAACUGUGAUAUUAUGGCGAACCAAAUACCGGAUCACAAACAAAGUGCACUCAUUUCUCAUCAUUAAUCUGGCGCUCGGAGACCUUCUUAUGGGCAUCUAUUUGCUCAUCAUUGCCGGCGUUGACGCUCACUAUCGGUAA